UGAUUAUAAGAAAAAUCCCAUAUCUCCUCCACCUCCGGUAAAUAGGAAAAAUUAGAAAUUAGUAAAAUUGGGCUAUGGCUGAACUCAUCUGCUUGGCAUCCAGAUCUUGCAUCAAAAAGAAGCUUCCCCUGACUAAACAACUCCAAUUCUUCUUUCUCUUAAUAUUAAAUAAAGUGCUAUUUUUUUUCUUUUAAUUAAUUAAUUAUUUAUCUUUUCUUUGCCAAGGGUUGAAAGGAACGGAGAAGCAAAGUCAUGUCUUCCCCCGUAGAUGAAUUUUGAGAAAAAGGAGAAACAACAUUGGACCCGAAAAAUUCAGCAUGAGAGCAGCUUAUCAUAUUCUCCUCUUUUUCAUCUUACUACCAUUGUCUUCACCAACAUCAAAAGCUGCUGUUUCUGUAAUUGAGGAUUUUAUCAUUUAUAGAAGAAUUCUACACCAACCAUUAUUUCCAGCUGGUUCAGCCCCACCUCCAGGGACCGACAAUUCUAUACCUCCACCGUCUCCUCCGCCGCCUGACCCAACUCAGCCAUUCUUCCCUGAAGGUCAGCAAUCCCCAGAUCAGAAUCAACAAUCUACACCACCAGCUGCAGCGGCCAAUGGCUCAAUCCCAAUCCCAACCGCAACACAACCCACCAAACCAGCUAAAAGAGUUGCAAUUGCAAUCUCUGUGGGGAUUGUAACCUUGGGAAUGUUAUCAGGACUUGCUUUCUUCUUGUACCGUCAUAGGGCUAAACACCCUGGAGAUACCCAGAAGCUUGUUGGAGGGAACUCGGAGAGGUUCCAGGAAGAUUCCGGGGUGCCACCUUCCAGUUUUCUUUACAUUGGAACAGUGGAGCCAAUGAGGAGAUCGGUGAGUGAAGUGAACGGAGGAGCCAAUGGUUCACCUUAUCAUAAAUUGAACUCAGGGAAGAGAUGGGAUCGGUAUAGGCCAAGUCCUGAACUGCAGCCAUUGCCUCCUUUGGCUAAGCCUCCUGCAUUUGAGAAUUGUUCACCCACGGCAAUGUCACCUUCAUCAUCUUCUUCUGGUGAAGAGAGUCAGGGGACUGGUUUUUAUACCCCCCAGGGCUCAACUAUUAGCAAUGAAGAAAGCUAUUAUACUCCGGCUUCACGUUCGAUUAGUGGCGGUUUGGUGACUCCGGCCAAGACAGAAAUGAAUGGGAAUACUAAUUCUGGUCGUCCUCGUUCCAAAAGAACAUCUCCAAAAACAAGGCUUUUGGCUUCUUCACCCGAAAUGAAGCGUGUUAUUAUCCCUUCAAUAAAGCAGCAGCGGUCGCAGCUGCCUCCUCCUCCUCCACCACCACCGCCUCUUCAACAAUCACAAAGCCUAGCCCCUGAGUUACAUGAGACCGAAGAAACUACUUGUGCAAAAAGGGCGAAAUUCUCCUCCCCACCUCCUCCUCCAAAUGUGGCGUUACUUCGAUCAAUUAGCAGCCAUUUGUCCCCACAAAGAACAAAAAUUCCACCUUCGCCUCCACCUCCACCUCCACCGCCCCCUCCGUUCCCAGCAACGGGACCUUCAAUUCCGAGGACAGUAAGGUCCUUGGAAACCGAUGUGUCUCUAAAACCUUCCCCAGUGUUAAAAACGCAAGAAUCCUCGACUCCAAUUCCCGAUAUAAGUGAAGGGGGUGGGAGUAGAAAAUCCAUGGAAGAGGUUAAUCAUAAAGCUGGCAGUUGUGUAGAGAAGACAGAUGGGGAUGACAUGGAGAGUGCAAAGCCCAAGUUAAAGCCGUUGCACUGGGACAAAGUACGAGCGACCUCGGAGAGAGCUACAGUGUGGGACCAGUUAAAAUCAAGCUCUUUUCAAUUGAAUGAGGACAUGAUGGAGACCCUUUUUGGCUGCAAUUCCACAAACUCAGUGCCCAGAGAACCUAUUAGAAGAUCAGUUUUGCCUCCUGUUGAACGGGAAAACAGAGUGUUGAAUCCAAAGAAGUCACAAAAUAUUGCCAUACUGUUGAGAGCACUGAGUGUAACUCGAGAUGAGGUGUCAGAAGCUCUUUUAGAUGGUAACCCAGAAAGCUUAGGUGCUGAGCUUUUGGAGACUUUAGUAAAGAUGGCUCCAUCAAAGGAGGAAGAGAUAAAACUUCUAGAGUACAGCGGGGACAUCUCGAAACUAGGCUCUGCAGAAAGAUUUCUUAAGACAGUACUUGAUAUCCCUUUUGCCUUCAAAAGAAUUGAAGCCAUGCUCUACAGAGCUAACUUUGAUACAGAAGUGAAGUACUUGAGGAAGUCUUUCCAAACCCUAGAGGAAGCAAGCGAGGAGUUGAAGAAUAGCAGGUUAUUCCUCAAACUCCUAGAGGCUGUUCUGAGGACAGGAAACCGGAUGAAUGAUGGUACCAAUCGUGGUGAUGCUAAAGCUUUUAAACUUGAUACCCUUUUGAAACUUGUUGAUAUAAAGGGAACAGACGGGAAAACCACACUUCUACACUUUGUGGUUCAGGAGAUCAUUAGAUCUGAAGGUGCUGGUACUGACUCUGCAAAUGUGAAUCUUAAGGAGGAUGAUUUUAGGAAGCAAGGAUUGCAGGUUGUAGGUGGGCUGAGCAGAGACCUCAGCAAUGUCAAGAAGGCAGCAGGAAUGGACUCAGAUGUCCUCAGUAGUUACGUGUCGAAGCUUGAAAUGGGACUUGAGAAAGUCAGAUUGGUUUUGCAGUAUGAGAAGCCGGAUAUGCAAGGGAAUUUCUUCAACUCGAUGAGGAUGUUUCUAAAAGAUGCUGAAGAGGAGAUUGCUAAGAUCAAGGCAUAUGAAAGAAAAGCUUUGUUGCAAGUAAAAGAAGUUACUGAAUAUUUUCAUGGGAAUGCAACAAAGGAAGAAGCUCAUCCUUUCAGAAUCUUCAUGAUUGUGAAAGAUUUCCUUUCAAUAUUGGAUCAUGUCUGUAAGGAAGUAGGCCAAAUGCAGGAUAGAACAAUGGUGGGUUCCGCCAGAUCCUUUCGGAUAUCUGCAACUGCUUCACUACCAGUCCUUAGCAGGUAUAAUGUGGGACAAGACGCAAGUUCAGAUGACGAAAGCUUGUCUCCGUGAAGCUGCACGAAUACGGGUCCUAAGACUUACUCCCACAGUUGGACCCUUUUCCAGCUAAACCAACAGUAAGGAUGUCUCAUUUACCAUCUCAAGCAUCAUGUCAAGACUCAAAUUUCUUUUUCUAGAUCAGAUACCUGUACAUUUUUGUAGUAAAAAAAGAAUGUUUUGUUUUUUAAUAUAUUACUAUGUAAUGGUCUGCAUUUAUUUGAUAAAUUACUAAUAAUAUAUUUUUCAGUUCUGCAA